AGUUAGUUGUUUUCUCAACAGGUGUCUGACCAUCAGCGACUCAAACAAUCCUUCAAGUUCAGGUCGCUUCGUAGCCGGAAACCGGUUCAGGCUCUUCAGAAUGCAUUGCCGUCUGCUUGCAGUGACGCUUCUAGCGUCCUUGGUCUUGGGUCAGGAGAUUCCGAACGUGCCGGUCGAGACCAAUCAACGUCCCGGAGAGGUGGUGGGCCAAUGGGAAAGCACGAACAACAACGUCGGCGCCGACCCGGUAGGACCACCGCAGAAGACGGACGACCUGCCAGAAUAUCUCCGCAAGUUGGCCAGGCAGUUGAAGAAGUACCAGAGGAUUGAGAACACGGAGGUGGGUGGCUUGUUGAUGGGAUGGCCUGGCCUGAAUGGUCAACCAGGCGCUCCGGGCAGAAACGGGCUGAACGGCGUGGAUGGAGCACAGGGUCCUUCUGGACCGGCUGGUGAGACUGGAGUAAUGGGGCCUGUCGGAGCACCCGGUGUGGAAGGCAUCUCAGGUCCGGCUGGGCCAAGGGGUCCUGCUGGAGCAGUCGGUGUCCCUGGACCAGUAGGCAGAGACGGGCGUGCCGCCCAAGCCAAAUGGAAACAAUGCGCAUGGAGCGAAGAGUCGGACUUGGACAACGGAGUGAUAAAGGCAUGCAACUUCACCAAGUCCGAGGAGAGCACACACCUGCAUGUGCGAUACAGUGGCAACCUGCGUGUUGGUGGCUGCUCUAACUGCUGCAAGCGUUGGUUCUUCACCUUCAACAACCGCGAGUGCACAUCACCGAUGGGAAUCGACGCUGCUAUCUACCUUGUCGGACCAUCCAAUGAGAACUUGCUGCGACCACGCACUGUGGAGGGGUACUGCCACGUGCCAGCUGGUGCCACCAAGGUUGGCUUCCAUGUAGGCAACUGUGAAGGCUUUGGCAACGCAGACGCCUACGAGGGCUGGCACUCCGUGUCCCGCAUCAUCGUGGAGGAAGUGGCACCUCCUCAGGAGUGACCGUCUCUACACACAUGAUUGGCUCACUAUCGUAUCAGUAGUCACUGUAGUAGACUGUCUGCAAGCAAAUGGCACGAGUGACAAGCCCUGUCUGAGCGGCUGUCUCACACAGAGCAUACACUGUUAGCCGACCAGCCUCAAGUCUGUACUGUCAGCCCGCAGUCGCAUGUAUUGUUGUUCAUCUGAUGAUCGCUUCUGAAAACUAGCCUAGCUAUGCAUUUUGCAUUGAUGCCUUUACCAGCUUUUCCCUUCCUGCCUCACACCCAUCUAUGAUAUAAAUGCCACACGUCGUUGCAGUAAAUUGUCUUCUGUAUGCACAAAGCACAAUGAUUUCGUGAUGUUGAAUAUUCUCGCUAGCAGCUGCUCUUCCUGCACAAGGUUGUUUUUGACUAAAUCUUUAAGCACUGCAAUAGAAACUAGUUUUGCCUGCACGGCUGUUACAAGAGUAAUGUGAACACAAUAUGCUUAUAAACGUUCGA